UGCUACGUCUCGUCUGCCAGGCUUCCAGCUGAGUAACAUCGCCAUCAGCUUGUCCAUUGUCACUCACAGCAAGAAAGGCCAGACCAGUGAUGCUCUUGAGAAAUUGAAGUCUAUGCUGCAGGUGGGUCACGUGCCCUCCCAGCUUGCCAUCACCAGACUGGUUCAGGCCCUGGGCGCCAAUGGCGACGUGGCAGGCAUCGAGGAAGUGGAGUCCCUGAUGAAAGGUCUCGGCACAAACCUCAACCUGUCCAGCAUGAUUUUUCUCAGCAACAAGGCUCUGGCACACAUCAAGAAUGACGAUGUGGACUCAGCAAUUGAAAUGCUCGACUCCGCCUACACUAGUCCGGACAGCGCCAAACCCGGUAUGUCCUUUGUCUUCAGAAAGGUCAUGGAAGAUGACAACGACAAAGCCUUAGACAAGUUGAGUGCCAUGGCGGAGCGGCUAGCCAAUCACUUUGCCUGCUACAGACCAGCUGUAGACCUCUUCCUCCAGCUGCUGGAUAUGAACAAACUGGAGGACGCCAAGUUCAUGCUGGCU